CGCAUUCCUUCUUCAGACCUGACCACAGACAGAACCUUAGGAAAUCAGGCGUAAUGUCAGGUCUUCAUCGUUGCUGACGGUGGAAAUCCGCGCCUGCUGACUGGAGAAGAUGCCUCAGGAUGAGAACUUUGAGCGGGAGAGGUGAUUUUGAGCGCACUUUUCCAGAACACUGCGAGAGACGCGCAACACGCGAGCGCUCAUUUGAGAGGAAAGAGCGCACAAGAGCGCACGGCUCUUACCUCGUAAUCUGAGUGGACGCCAUCUCUCCCUCUGUCAUCAUGGAUCACUUUAAUUGGACGAUGAUGCCGGACAACGACACCUCACCCCCCUCCCAGCCGUCCCCCAGCUUCUCCACCUUUAGGAAUAUAUCAGAGAUCGCUGCUCCCAUGCCCUUUGACGUGGUCACCGCUGUCGUCUACGCCAUCGUCUUCAUCGUGGGCCUCUUGGGAAACACGCUCGCCAUCUACGUGGUGGUCCGCUACGCCAAAAUGAAGACAGUGACCAACAUUUACAUCCUCAAUUUAGCCUUGGCGGAUGAACUCUACAUCCUGGGGAUUCCCUUCCUGGGCACUAACAGCGUGCUCUCUUAUUGGCCUUAUGGGGGGUUUUUCUGCAAAGUGUGCAUGGCUGCUGACGCCAUGAGCCAGUUCGCUUCCACCUUUAGCCUGACGGUGAUGAGCAUAGAUCGCUACCUGGCCGUGGUUCAUCCGAUCCGAAGCUCUAAAUGGAGGAAACCUCAGGUGGCAAAGGUUUCUAAUGUCCUGGUUUGGGUCAUUUCUUUCUUGGUUGUGCUGCCAGUCACGAUUUAUUCACAUGUCCAAGAGGAGCUGAACACCUGUAACAUCACCUGGCCUGAACCACAUGAACUGUGGUCAAUUGUUUUCAUCCUCUACACUGCCAUCCUGGGCUUCUUCGCCCCUAUCAUCGUUAUCUCCAUCUGCCACCUGCUCAUUGUCAUCAAGGUGAGGUCUGCAGGUGUUAAAGCAGGCCUGACCAAGCGCCGUAAAUCAGAGCGAAAGGUAACCCGUAUGGUGGUGGUCAUUGUUUUGGUGUUCAUACUCUGCUGGCUUCCUUUCUACGUCACCAACAUCGUCAACCUGAUCCACAUCAUCCCUGAGAACAAAACCACCGCGGCCGUCUACUUCUCCCUGGUCAUUCUCACCUACGUCAACUCCUGCGCCAACCCCUUCCUCUACGGCUUCCUCUCCGAAAACUUCAGGCAGAGCUUCAAGAAGGUUCUCUGCAUCCACAAGCCAAGCCAUGCCGCCACUAAGGAGCAGAAGGGAGGCAGAAAGAUGGUGUCACAGGAGAACCAUAGUCCUAUUUACUUGCAGAAUGGAAAGCUCCCAAGUAUUCAGCAGCCAAUCCAGUUAGAACGCAACGAAGACCUCAACAGCGAGGCUCUGACUUUGAAGACGGACCUGAACAGCCAGACAUUGCUAUGAUUUUGACUCUGGACCACAACCAGGGACGGUCCAGUCCUGAAUCUUUUACUGACGGCUGUUUCCUGAUUUUAUUUCUGAUCCUCUCUGAACUUUGUGAAGAGGACUGAAGGAGGAACAUUAUUGAGCUUUUCUUUACUUUUAUUUCUCUGUUAUGUUAUUUUAUCUGUUGUUGUGUAAAAAGCAUUACUAUCUGUCAUGGUGUAAAGUCUUAGUAUGACCCUUGACACUUAGCCUUUUUUCAUUCUGUUAUUAAUGUCUCUAUUCUUUAAAUAUUUAUACACCAUCACUGUAAUGCUGGUUGAAAUGUCUUUGAUGGUUAUGGCUCCUUUGGAUCAUUAACGUUGUUUUGAAAUGGUACAGAGAAAUUUUAUCCCCCGGAGCAGAUGCCUCUCUUUCUCUUCUCUUCAAACCGAGCAUGUGCAGGAAUGGACGUCCCGGUCACAGCUCCUGUCCGUGAUUUAUGACGCUGACAUGAACUCAAAGUUGCUGGACAACGCUGUUAAAGCUGACGAUACGGACUCCUUUAACUUCUUUAACAAAUAAAAGAACUAAGAAAUAACCGGAGAGGUGGAGUGGAAGGAAACCUCACAGGAGAGACGGGAUAUUUUAAUGUUGGAGCCACUGUGAAUUUUAAACUCUCGGGUUCCUCAUACAUAUGAAACUAAUGUUCACUCAUCCAGUCUGUAAAGAGAAUCUGAAUAAAACAUCAUGUCUGUUUUGCAUGUUUGUGUGUUUUCAUCUGUGCUGUUAUGAGCUGCUGAUA